AGCGUCUCCCCGCGCACUGGAUAUUACGCCUCUAUCCAACUAGAGAUGAAGUGUGUGGAAAUCGUGGCGAAUUAAAGAUAGUGUCAGCCUUUCUACUGCCAACUAUGCAGACUGGAGCGAGCGGAGUUCAGGACGAUACCACGGGAUGAAUAGUCGAGAGUGAGAUCCUUCUCGUUUCAAGAAACGCGUGAAAGGAGCGGAGAAAGUGGACGCUUCCAAAGGCGCACGUCUCUUGACGACGCGCAUCCUUUCGCUGGAUAGUGGCAAGGCGCACAGGAGCGCACAGCUUUUUUUUUUUUUUUCCACCUCAGUGGACAUCAGUGCUCCCUCCUUCAAGAUGGAGGACUACAAUGGGAUAUUUGAGAAUGCCAACAUCACUUCCAGUUGUAACUUCACCGCUUGCAAUGCCACAGACAACGUGCCAUUGCCAUUCAACAGGGUCAUCAUUGUCAUCCACAUCAUCGUCUUCAUUGUGGGUUUUCUGGGUAACACACUGGCCAUCUACGUGAUGGCCCGCUAUGCAAAAAUGAACACAGCAACUAACAUCUACAUCCUUAACUUAGCUGUGGCGGAUGAACUCUACAUUCUGGGAAUUCCCUUUAUAGGAACCAAUAGCAUUCUUUCCUAUUGGCCAUAUGGAGAAGCCUUCUGCAAGAUCAGCAUGACUGCUGAUACAAUGAGCCAGUUCGCCUCCACUUUUUCCCUGACACUAAUGAGCAUCGAUCGCUUCCUAUUUGUGGUUUAUCCUGUUCGCAGUGCCAAAUGGCGGAAACCAAUGUUGGCGAAGAUCAUUAGCGGCAUCGUGUGGGUUGUGUCCUCUCUGAUUGUUCUGCCAGUCAUGAUCUUCUCAAGUGUACAGGAGAACUUUAACACCUGCAACAUAAGCUGGCCUGAGCCAAAUGGUGUGUGGUCUGCUGUCUUCAUCCUCUAUACAUCUAUCCUGAGCUUCUUUGGCCCUUUGGUUGUCAUCUGCCUCUGCUACCUGUUUAUUGUCAUCAAGGUGAGGUCAGCACGUGAACGUGCAGGCCUGACUAGGCGACGUAAAUCUGAACGCAAGGUGACACGCAUGGUAGUGAUCAUUGUGCUGGUGUUUGUACUUUGUUGGCUUCCCUUUUAUAUGACCAACAUCGUCAACCUGGUUUAUACCAUCCCCGAGACCAACACCGCAGCAAAUAUCUACUUUUCCAUGGUCAUCCUCACCUACGUCAACUCCUGUGCCAACCCAUUUCUUUAUGCUUUCCUCUCUAAAAACUUCAAAGAGAGCUUCCGGAAGGUGCUCUGCUUCCAGAAAGUGUAUGUUGCUAGAGCUGCAGAGACACUGCAAACUGGACAGAAUGCUACCAAGGAGAGCUUCCAGAAGGUGCUCUGCUUUCGGAAAGCAAAUGUUGCUGCAGAGACGUUGCAAGGUGGACAGAAUGCUACCAAGUCCAUCCAACUGAAGGAUAUCAAGACCGCUGACACUGAGCCUUUCAAUACAAAAAACUUGGUGAAAGGACAGUGACUGGUGAGUUUCAAGCUGAUCCAGCAUGUACUAUUACACUACAUGGAACUUGGACACUUUCACCCUUGUCAUUUAAUAACCUGUCUUUAUUAAUGAUCAUCUCUCCCUGAGUGGAGCAUAUCUGCAAAGGAGUAACAAGAAACAGCAUUCAUCGCAGAAAAUUGUUUUUUAUGGACUUUUUAUUAGAUUGACUGUAUUAUACAAGGCAUUAGUUUAUGUCAUGAUAGCAUAGAAAAAGUCACAAGACUUAAAAAUUGCUGAAAAUGUUUAACUAGCAUUGCCUGUACUAGCUUGCCAUUUGCUGUUAAUUCAGUAAAAUGUACAUUUCACCACACUAAAAACAUUUGGGCUGAUUUAAACACACUGAGCUCUUUCAGGACUAAACGACUCUGACAGACUCAUUUGGUUUAAUGCAGCAGUCUCAAACUCCUGGCCCGCAGGCCGCAUCCGGCCCUGUCCCCUACUUCUGGCCCGUAAUUUGAUGUCAAAAAUAUAAGACAAUUUGGCCCUUUAAGUUACUUUUUUUUGACAUUUCGCUAACUCCUCUUAAUAGGAGAGGAAAGUGAAAUGUCAAAAAAGUAGGGGGCGGGGCCAGAUAUUUAAUGGCUUGAACCCAUCAAUUUGUGCUAAACUAACUGUGACUAACACAAGAGAGGUAUUGAUCUUUUACUCUCAGUUGAAAAGAAAAUGAGGUUAUUUUUGAAACAAUGAAAGUAUUCCUUUAGAAAUAGAAGCUCUGUGGAACAAAGUGGUUAAUUAGUGCCGUAGAAAUACUCGUAUACAUUUUACUGAGUCUGUAUUAGGUAUCAGCCUUACAUUCACACCAACUUUGACCCUAGCUAUUGUUGCAUUACUUUAUCUCAAACAUUGUUCCUUCUUUAAUUUGAGAAUUUAUAGUAUUCAGUUUGUACUGUUGUUACUAGACUCGUGACUGCCUUGUUGAUUGAUGUAAAGCUGGCUGAAUGGUCAUGACUGUUACAGUGUAUUUUGGUGUGACAAGCUUUUUGGGGCAUAUUAAUGUCAGUCUGUCAGACUGAAGUGGACGAUAUAGUAAAAGUAAAGAUGCCAUCUCAUCCUGGUGGACAAACCUGCUGAACGCCACUGCCCUAUUUUAUAUUUGUAACAUGAGACAAGCAAAAACCAUGUGAACAAUCUUGAUGGUGAGUUUGAGCUUGGUCAAAAAUGCAGAUGGACUUGUGAAAAUCUUACAGGUGACAAGGGAUUUUUUUUUUUCUGUUCAAAGUACUGUGAAUUCUGAAAAUACAAGCAAAUCUGAAUUUAGUUUGUUUUAUAUAUGAUAGUUAUAUGUGUUAUAUGGGUCACCAAUAAGAAAGCUAGCAUAGUGAUGUUAUUAUUAAUAUUAAUAAAA